AGGUAAACACGUGGUGGUAGUCAGCUAGAAGAAAACAACAUUUGAUAGCCCAGGAAUUGUUCAAGCUGUGAUUGAAUUGAAAGACGUGUCGAGAACUUAACGUUGCUUGGCGAGGAAGGUUUGUCUUGUACGAGACUCAGGACAGGCGUCUCCUGUACCGGAAUUGUGGCUCCCGUCUAAUCUCUUUCCUCGAAUGAGGUGCAGAAGUGGAUGAAUUUGAAGUGAUUUUUUAGAUACAGGAAACUAGUUUUAUGAGUCCAUUCUUGCGGACAUAGCUAUUUAUUUCCAUUUAAAUUGUCAAAAGAAUUUGUUUGGAUUUACGAUUUUAUCCUUGACAAAUCGGUGAUACUUAACUCCAGGAAAUUGAAAGAGCCUAAUGCGUAUUAUCGGGCUUAACCUUGCGUUUAUAUAGACAGCGUGGUGAUCGUAUGGAUUUGUCUGGCAAUCUGUUUACUUGGAGAUAGAGAAAUGGAAACUGCUGACACAAGUAAGGGUGACAACCUGAAUGUUUGCAUAGCGACGGAUGACGGAAAUUAUGAGGGCUCAGUGCAGGAUGGUCGAUCUCAAUCACGUCACUUGCUAAAACGAUCCGAGAGCUUACGGACGAGAAGACUCGGUAGGAUUGCUGUACCUGUGAUCACUGUUCAGGGAGCAGACGACAUCGGUGCUGUACCGAAGUGCGUGAGUAAAUUUACCAAAACACAUUCUCUUGACGAGGGCAUGGAGGAGAGCUUUAAAACCGGUCUUGAGUUCAACAUUGUAGUUUCACCCCAAAAACUCGUCUCCUUGUCGAAAACCACUUUUGGGAACAAGAAGACCGAUAUGUUGACUAAUGUUGAAAUCAACGGAGUAGGGAUUUCCCAUCGUGACAGAGUUGAUGGAACCGAGGGUCAAACGAAUAAUGAGUCAUCUGCAGAAAGUGUUCCUAAUGGAAGAAACGUUAAGAUUGAUCCUGCUGAUAAAACUAGAGAGAGGAAGACUUCAGUUCAAAGAGCAAGGAAGACAUCUGCCAAUGCGAUCCCAGGCAGACGUUUGUCGCCAGUUCCAAAGCAUUUGCCGGAUGCCGCAGAGAGGAAGCAGUCCUUAACAAAUCUGAUGGACUCGGGGAAGAAACGUCGUGAUUCGGUUGCCGCUUUGCCGUCAGCGAAGUCCGUGAUCCCGUCGUCCACAAAGCAUCGUCGACUGAGUCUCGCUCCUACUCCAUCAAUACCACGGCGAAGAAGCAGCGUCAAAGAUACUCUUUCGUCCUAUGUCGGUCCGUCCGGACCUGAUGGUCAUAAGAAACGCGUGCGGGAACUGUUAACAAACAAUGGCUUACCGUUCGGACUUGAUCGAGACGAACUGGAAAAUAUUCAAAUCGUGAAAGAUAAGAUAGACGUGCCCAUCCCCAUCUUCAGCGUCACCAAAGACGACACUAAAAUUUGCAUCACCGACCUCAAGACCAUUGAAGACGCCAUCAGAAGGCUCCGACCGGAUGUGACGGUGGUUAAACCUCCAGCAAAUGAAGAUGGGAAGGGGAAGAAUGGUCAUCAUACUGUACCGCCCAUGCAAGACAAGCAGGAGAAGAUGCACGAGAAGCUUCCCGGGAAGGGAUUGGCCGCCAUCUCGGAGGGAGAACCUUCUACAACCAGAGAUGAAACUACCAACAGCAACAGUCCCGACAGCAUGCUUGACAAGAUCCCUGGAGGUUUGACCGUUAUAACAGAGGACCAGCCAAAACGGUCCAGAGAACAUUCAACAAAUGACGAAAUAACAGGAAACGAGCGCAAAUUUUCAAUCCGGACGUGUGUGAAGCGCAUGCGUGAGGAUACGGAGGACUACGAACGGCAGUUGCUGGGCUGUAAAAGCGUGGGAACAUAUGCCAGUAUGGAGACGGUACACGUGCUGUUAUCCAAGCAAGAUGCCAUCCGCUGUGUCCUUGAGGCGAUGAACACGUUUCCCGACAAGGCGGAACUACAGUUCAGCGCAUGCGCAUCACUCUUACAAAUGGCCUCGGCGUCAGAAGCCAAUUGUUUCAUCAUCCAGCAGAAUCAAGGCAUCCCGGCUCUGCUGACGGUAAUGAAGAGCUACUCAGAGAAUGUCCGCCUCAUCCGGAUCCUGCUCAGCAUCGUCGGCUUUCUCUCUUCGAGUGAUGAACUGUCGGUACAGCUUCUGCAGUAUGGCUGUCACUCGCAAGUCCUGGGGGCCAUGUCUCAACAUGCUGAUGACAACGCCAUCAUAAAACAGUGCCUUUUUAUUCUCGGCAACCUUGUUACAACAGUUGAAACUGCCAAACAGAUCAUGCUUGUGGGCGGCUUGCACACAGUCAUUGACAUGAUGGAAACGUUCCCGGAAGAUGUCGACAUCUUGGAAAAUGGCUGUCGAGCCUUGGGAAGCUUUGCGGCUUAUGAUGAUACAUGCCUGGACGUUGGUCAGGCCGGAGGCACCCGAUCUGUCUUGGACGCUAUGACGUCAUCACCGGACAAUGUUUGUGUCCUUGAGUGUGGCUGCUGGGCGCUUGCUUGUCUCUCUACUAUGGGCGAUUCCUGUGAGGAGAUGCAUCAGUUGGACGGGGUGUACACCCUACUGGCCACCCUGGAGGAACACCCGGAGGAGGAGAGUCUGCAGGAGUAUGGGGUCAGGACCAUCUGCAACCUGGCAGCUCUCGAGACUACGAUGCAGUCGGUGUCGACGGAGAGGGUGUUGUCGAUCUUACAGCGGCUGAUGUCACAGUUCUCGGACAACGUGGAGCUUCAAGGUCAAGUCAUGUUCGCCCUCAGCCAACUUGCGAUGUGUGGAGAUGAAAUGCAGCAUUGUAUCCUGAAGAAGGGGUGUGUGAGGUCAGUGGUGACCAUCAUGGACUUACAUCCUGAGGACAUCGCCAUUCAGGAACAUGGCUGUAGAAUCCUGGGGAAUUUGGCCGUCAAUGAAACCAUCAGACGUCAAACGGAAGAAGAGGGUGCUUCUCGUGUUGUAAUCGCCGCCAUGUUGGCUCUCGACACGUGCGAGGAUAUACAGGAAUAUGGCUGUAUGGCGCUGAUGAACAUCACUGCUGACAUUAAAGUCAACAAAAUCCGAGUUAAGAACAAUGGCGGUGUCCUCGCCCUUCUGAGUUCUCUCAAAAACUUUGACAGUCGUCCAAAUAUCAUUUUGUCGUCACUGAAGACACUUGGCAACAUCGUCGAACUUGACGAGGUGUGCCGACUUGUGAUGGACGAACGUGGACUACGGACAGUGGUGGACAUUGCACGUGACCACGGCGCCAACCAUGACAUACAGGUGUUUGCCGCCAUGGUGCUGUGUGGGCUCUCGCGUUUGAAAAAUCUGAGCACAGAAGAAGUGGAGAUGAUUGACAGGACGAUGACGAGGUUGUUGUCAUUGCCGUCGCUGGACGCUGACAUCACGCUGUUUGUGUGCCAGACGUUCGAGAACCUUCUAAGUACAGAGCGCGGUAUGCGCGUUUUCAUGACCGGAAAGAGGCUCGACAUGAUACUGACCACCAUGCAGAAAUUCAGUGCCCAUCCCGAAAUCCUUCAAUGCGGCUGUAAAAUCAUUGCAAUUGUGGCACUGGAUGUGCGCCAUGAAAUGACAACAGACGCUGUAAGGAGCGUACUUAAUGCAAUGAAAACAUACAGCGACUCGAAGGAUUUGCAGAUUGUGGGAUGUGGAGCUCUGUCGUGCAUAAGCGAAAACAACGGAUCUUUGGCGGCAUUCGUGCUAGAACAAGAAGGAGUGAUGCGUAUCUCAGACGCCCUGGCUCAACACCCUGGGGAGGAUCGUCUCCACGCUGUGGCUCUCAUGGCCCUGGCGAACCUCUCGCCAGUCGAUCCAUCUCGAAACCCAGCUUUAUUUCAUACAACCCAUGAUCUCGUCUAUGGGGCGAUGGCGAGAUUUCCCGAGAAUUUGGAGAUUCAAAUCUGUGCCUGCAGUGCCAUCGCUCAGUGUGAUCCUACAGCGGGCAACAAAUCGUCCAACUUCCUGGAGGCUCUUAAGUACACGAUGAGGAGACACGGAGGAAAGGAGGAGAUACACAUCCCCCUGGCUAAAGCUCUUAAGUGCUUCUGGCGAGGCGGACAAAAAGGCGUUAUUACAAAAAUACUGGACACAAACCCAGUUUUCCAAAACGUAUUCAUUGCAGAGCUACAGGACACGGAGGUUCUCUGCAUUAGGUAAAAGAUACAGAGUGACUCAGAUAAGGAACUGUAUAAACAUAGAACUUCAACGAACUGAAACAGAACGGCCAAAGUUUGAAAACUCAGGAUGAUAUACCGCCGUACUUCUUCAUAACCACCCAUCACCACGUUUCCUGUCUUUGAUCGGCAUAACAAAUGUCUGUCUUGAAGCCGGGGAUGUAAAUAAUAUGUAAAUAGUGUUCAUCAUGAUUUACGUGUCUAUGAAUGAUCGUGAUCUAGCUGAUCUCAAGACAUACCUUGUACAUAAUUAAAAUAGGAAACAGUUUGACAGUGUUGCUUGGUAGACAGUGUUGCUUGGUAGACUGUGUUCGGCAACGCUGGACAGUGUUGUACGGUGUUCGGCAGACAACACAGAUUAAGAUACAGCGGAUAACAUAUGCAAUACGUCAUAAGUGGGCAUUUUGUUCUAAUGUAUAUACUCGCGGAAAAAGAUAUCUCACAAUUUCUUUUUGUUUCAUGCUUUGAAUUUAUUGUGUAACAAUUCACGUGCGUUCCCUAUGAAUUACGUGAAGCGUCUAAGAGUGAGUGAGUUUUGUUUUACGCCACCUUUAGCAAUAGUAAUAUGUGCUAUGCAUUUUGGGCAGAGAGCUCUGAAAUAUUUUUAUUGCAAUACAACAUGCAUAUCUUGAAUGACGACUGUAACUUGUUACAUGAUGGUAACUUUGACUAUGCAUGGUCAGCCAUUGAUAGAGGUGCAGUUUUAAAGAUGGACAUAUUUUCCUGUUGCUUAUGAACACUUGUUUCUCUGCCGUCCAGUAGAACAUUGUGAUAGACUAAUAAACUAUGUCACACUA